UGGUAUUUCUGUAACUAAUAAUCGCGCAAGCCACGGCUUACCUUGGUAACCUUAUCAGGGCCACACAGCACCUUGGUUCGGAGGAUUGUUCAAACAAUGGAAUAGCGAUCAAUCGCCGAUCGACAUGCCGUUUGCCGGCAGUUUAUGCCAUGUGUUUGUUUGAUGACGAUGAGCAGGAGGACAGACGCUGCGUAGAGAAAAUAAUACGGCCUGCUUUGCUUAGUUAUAACAUCGUCCUAUUCUGCUCGGCUCGCAUCCAAGACAUUUUCCUUCCAACCUCGACUUCACCCCUCUCGUCGACAACUCACCCACCUGCGUUUCUUCUCUUCUUGCUUCUCCUUCUUCUCCUCAUAUUCCGUCUGCCGAUGUUAGAUCAAUGAAUCAUAUUUAGAUUGCCUCUUGAUGUGCACUGACACCACAUCCCGCAGCCACCUCAUCCGUCUGACUACUGCAUAAGAAUCCACCGCCCUCCAUUCUACGGUGUUACUGGACGCCAUUCGAUCGGUGACAGGUCGCCCUUUUCGGCAUGGCAUCUCAGCCAGCCAGCUUGUUGUUGAUCGGCUGAUCUGGAUGAGCUAGUAGUAAUAGCGUCGUUCGAUAAUACGUUCUCCAGACGAUAGUGUAUCCAGAAGGCUGAGGGGCUUGGAAGCACAAGCUCCGCUUGUUUUUGGCUCUAUCAAUUUCUGUAUCCUCUAUCGGUCAGCCUCCAAUCACUGAUUCCCUUGAGUUGCACUUGUGCUCUUCUUUCUACCCAAUCUGGAUCUCCGCGAGGUUCUGUUAUUCGGCGUUUCCUCUUGGUUGGGACUACUCUUUCUUCCCUCGCUACCACGAUGGCGGAGAGAUCUAAUAAUAAUAAGGCCCAGCGGAGGAAGAGCUUAAGUUUCUUUAGCCGGACUGGAUUACUGGGUUCUGGCUUUGCUGGCCCAGCCAAAACCCCGCGCGGACACGAUCGAUCUGUUUCCGAUGGCUGGUAUGAGACAGCACACCGCUCAGAUUUGCAGCCGCCAAGGGUGCAGCAAAGGUUGCGGAAGAACAGCGGGCGACCCUACAGUAGCGGCUCCCUGUUUGUCACGGAAAACUUCGCCUUCCAGUCCACAGAUGAGUUCACCAAUACGCGGUCGAAAUCCUCUCAGAAAUCCAUGCGAAAAUCCGUGUUUGGGUCCUUGCGCUCGCUGGGCUCAAUCGAUGACGACCAGCGCUCGACAAGAGCCCGUUCCAAAGCGUCCUCGGGCGACGAAGAAGACCUUGCUACAAGCUUGGCCACCCUGAAAUCCCUCCUGGGCAACCAAGUCCUACACCAUGGCGAAGUCCAAACAACAGGCGGCAUGUGGCGGAAGAAGAGUCAGUACCUAGUACUAACGGAUACGCAUUUGGUACGGUUCAAGAGCCAGUCAAAGGCGGGAGAGCUUUUCCCCUCAAUCCCGGCUUCGUGGGGUCGAAAUUCUCUGGCUUCAACAUCCACGAAUCGACAUUCAAUGGUUUCGAUUGCUUCCUUUCAAGACCCACAGCUGGCGACCUAUUCGGACCUUGCGUCGGGAAUACCAUUGAGCUCUAUAGUGGCUGUCUACAAGCUUGAUGAUGGACGACCUUACUUUUCAAUUGAGGUCUGUCAUAUGGAUGAACGAUCCCCCAAACCAUCGUCGUUGCAGCUGCAGCUUAAUGACCCGGAGGAAUCUGGACUAUGGCUAGCGGGUAUCCGUGCAGCAGCAGAGCAAGCCCGAGCUAUAGACCCUCCGAUGUUUGACCAAAAAUCUGUGGAAUACGUUGCGAGAGCCCUCGAACUUGAACGAGACUAUGACCCAGAUUGUUUCCGAAUGUACAAGGUCGUGCAACGCGUGUCGGCCAAGUCUAGUAGUAGAUCAUCGAAUGACGAUCUCGCGAAGCUUACUUCGAAUGUGUGUUAUCUGGCUAUCGGCGUCCAUAAAAUCCAUUUAAUACCUCUGCCAAAGUCAUCCAAUCGGGGCUCCGUCGCCUCUCUAACCGAGUUGGAUAUGAACAUGUCAUUUGGGUUGAUGACGUUGGCGUCCCUAUCGAUGCAACGAGGCGACGAUGCCUUCCAGCUAGUCUUCCGUGUCCCACUCCGUCAUCCUUUCGGCUUGUAUCUUUCGUCAUCGUUCUCGAGCGAGAUCGCUGUUCUGAUACGACAGAGAGCGGAAUGGCUUAGGCCCGAAUGGCUCCAGCAACCUUUCGCCUUCAACGUUCCUCAACAUAUAGAAGAUCAAAUCACUCCAUUAAUGUACGUGGACCAAGAUCAUGGUGGGUUCGACCGCACUCUUACUGCUUAUUGCGCCGCCUACGAUAUCGACACCUCAAACAUACGUUAUACAAUCGACUACGCCUGUGAUGAUGCUCCAUGCUUCCGUUUACUACAGCCCGCAAACGGCAAGGACCGCCGCAAGUACUCCGCCUUAGAACUUCUUGCUGUUAUGCGCUCGCUACGGUAUAAUGAGUCCUUCGUUACAAUCUCGUUCAUGGAUAUCAAUUUAGACGUUCUUCAUAGUAUACGCGACCCCUGUGGAAUUGAUAUAGAUGCUGCAACAACCCGUUCCAACCUUGCUAUUCGACUACCUGGCCAAGAGAAUAUGUCUAUCUUGUCCCAGGAAAUUCGCGCCCUAUGUCUGAAGAAUAAACGUCUUAGAAAGCUAGAUUUCUCGUUUUGUCUAACUAGGCAGCCAUCCUCGAGCAGGGGGGUGCUUGAUCCGGGUUGCGGAAUUCCGGAGGCGAUAUUCCCCCUUUGUCGACGCCAGCUAACGAACGUGGAUUGGGUCGUAUUAAAUGGAAUCAAACUCGGCGACUCGGACCUAGAUUAUCUGGUUGAUGCUGCGUCACAGAAAUCAUCCCACCUCCGUGCCCUUGAGAUCAGCCAUUGCGGCCUAUCAAUUCAUGAUCUAGACCUCAUUCUUUCUACAUUCACUGCUCAGGAGAACACUCUGGAGUCCAUUGAUAUCUCCGGUGUUCAGGGUAGAUUAAGCCCAGAACUAUUCCAGCAGCAAAUAGGCUAUUUUGCACACAUCCGAAAGAUAAACCUGACCCACAUUUCAAGAACAACCGGACCGGAACCUCUAAUAGCUCCAGAAACACUACUAAAUUGGCGACUCGAAGAGUUGUCCCUGAGUCACACAGCGGUUAAUGAACAAACUGUGGAUUCGAUCGCAGCAUACCUGGCAAGCUCCAAAUCAAGUACACUUCGAAAUUUAAAGCUCGACCAAUGUGGCCUUACAGGAAAAGACGUUGCUGUGUUUCUCCAUUCUAUGACCAGUGAUUCAGGCAAACCACGAAACAUCCAUCUUCACGUCAGCGAGAAUCGCCUUCAUUUGGACUACUCCCUCCUAGUUACCGCGAUUGCGAACAAUAAGACUCCAACUCAUCUGACUAUGAGAAUGAUGGAAUUUCAAAAAGAAGACCACUUCCGGCAAUUAGUUGAUGCCGUGAGGAAAAACACAACAUUAAAGUAUCUCGACAUAUCGAAGGCGUCUCUGCCAUAUGAUGCUGGCCCGGAAACGUGCAAGGCGCUCCAACUAAUGUUCGAAGAAAAUACCACAAUCGAGGAAUUAGAUAUCAGCGGUGAAUAUGCCCACCUAGACGUUGCUAGGUUUGGUAUUGGUUUAAACCUUGCCUUGACUGGGCUGAAGAAGAACACUUCGCUGAGGGUACUGAAGAUUGAACAUCAGAGACUGGGGCUUCAAGGGGCUAAUACACUUGCUUCUGUGUUAGAGGAAAAUGGAACCCUCUUUGAAGUUUACUGUGAUAAUAAUGAAAUUAAUCUCCAGUCAUUUACCGUACUAGUUAAUGGCCUACAGAAAAACAAGAAGCUUCUGCAUCUUCCCGCAAUGGUACGGGACAGAGAGCAAUGUCUAGAACGGGUUCGUCGUGAAAUCGAAUCCGUGAGCCAGAACGUUUCAAACUCCGGCGGGUCUAAAGCAACUACUAUCCGCAAAACUCUCCAGGCCGCUGUCUCUGGGGGAGGUACAAGCUCGGGUAACAAGUUGGCAAAAGCAGCACCGGCAUCGCUACAACAGGGGAAUCCUCAUACAGCCACAGUCUCCUCGCCGUUAGCCUCAUCCGCGCCUAUUCUAGCUAGCUCAACCACCCCACCCCACUUCAUCCGGCAUGAUGUGCAAGCCGUGCUUCAAUCGCUAAGCCAGAAAUGGGAUAUUGAAGUACAACGCCUCCAACGGUAUCUAGUCCGGAACUACAAUCUGGCCCAUGGUCUUAUCGAUGAAUACAGUAACGGCACCGACGACGAUGCGAUGAGCGAUGGCCGGCCGACUACGGCAGCCAGCCUUGGUACAUUCCUCAACCAGCUCUCGUUUGAUGAGACCAAUCCAACCCGAAGUGAAGAACCAUUACCUUAUGAAACCCGAACUGCAGAGCAAAAUUCCGAGCUUGAAAACGGCAACGAUGACGAAAAGCUUACCAUCCAAAGCGCCAAGACUGAUGAGCAAUCAUCCACACCCGAUCCUUCUCACACCCGCUCUUCCCGCCCUCCCCUCCUCAAAUACCACACAUCUAGCGGCCUACAAACAUCUUCCACAAACUCCUGCCCCACCCCGCCCCUCCCACGCCUUGCCAUCCCAGCGACUGCAGGUAACAGCAUCCGCACAAGCAAGAGUAAUAGCAACUUGAGCGCCAGCACAUCCACUAGCACAUCAACCGGCACAGGCACCCGGUUAUCCGAAACUGCUUCCUCGCUACGCGGAUUGCUUCUGGCGCGAUCAGCGGAGCGACGGGAGCAAAAGAAUGAUAAGGGGCCUAUCCUAACCUUCAACCAGCCACCUAGGCUUGAUUGGAGGUUACCUGACUUGGAAAUGUGAAACACUUAAAUAUUUGCUAAUUAUAUUUUAUCGUUUUUCUUGCUCGUUUCCCCUCUAUUUUAUUUUCCGCUGGGAAUGAUUGUAUUGCUUCUUUCACUUCUUUCACUUCUUUUGCCUUUUUUCUCUUUGUUAUUAGCGAUUCAUUUUCUGGGGCCGGUUCUCCCUGGCAGGCAUGUCUUGUUUUGGUAUUGUGUCUCUGUUCGUCUAUCUACUUUAUUAUUUAUUUAUUUUAUUUUAUUUUAUUUAUUUAUUUCUUUCUUUCUUUCUUUUCAUCUACGGGUUAGUAGGUCUCAGGGGGGGGGCUAGUUGAUUUUUCGCUUUGUUUAUUAUGCUUUCGUCUCCCACAUUCAAACCCCUCGUCAUAUACAUAUCGCUUAUAUACAUUACAUACUUUGCGCCUUUUUCUUCUCUCUACUGGUUUUCUUCUCCCUUCUAUCUGAUCUUCUGUUCCGCUUCAUUUGCUUUUCAAACCUUCCAACAGGCCGUUGCAAAUAGCCUGGUAUCAUUUGGCUCAUGGAGAGUCGUGGGUAUAUCCGAUUUGAUGACAGCAAAAAUGUUGGAAGGGGACAUCAAUGGGUAAAUUUGAGGCUCGUAUGACCCUAUCACUGAUUAUUUGGCAACUUGCCCUUUCAUGUGGUAUUUUCUGUUGGAAAUAUCAAUUUUCUUUGAGAAGGAAAAAAAUAAAAAUAAAAAUAAAAAUAAAAUAAAAAAAAAAAGAGCUUGAAACGCCCAUGAUGACAGCUAUUUUAGUUGGAUCGUAUUGUUCUCUUGCUCCUGUCCCGAUUUUUAUAUUAGCGAUGGACGGGCCUGUCAAAAUAAUAACGAUUGAAGUGCUGCUACGUUGAAAAUUUUCUCUAAACGUAUACCAAGCUUAUUCUAUUGACUUGAAUUAUAGAUACGGCUAAUGCAUGUUAAUGCCAUUGUUUUUCCUCCUGAAUAGCAUCUGAUGUUCAGCUUUGUCUCAUCAAUGUGAAUUCUCUUUCAAUCUCUAUGCAUCUUCCUUCUCAUUCAUGAAAAAGUGUGGGGUGAGCAGAUACCAGAAAUAUUAGAUAACAAAUAUGUAUUUUAUAUUAG